AUGAGGGCACCCCAAGAAUCUCAAUCUUCCACUCAUUACGACAGCUUCUACAGCCGACCUACGCAGCACGCCAACACAUAUGGUUUCCCCACAUUCCAAAUUCUCAACAAUGACUCGGCUGGCACCAAAAAGGGCAAAGGCACUGAAGUCUCGUUCCAGGCCUGCACUGAACAGUUCUUCACUCUCGAGUCAACCCCCUUAGCUGACUUUCCCAACUACAGCUCAUCCUCGGGCCCGAGCGUCUCGUCCGGAAGAAGCCCGUUAUCUCCCCCAGGCUCCCAAUCCUACGCAUCUGAUUUCCACCAUACGCCCGUCAACACUGACCACGGGUCUCCCCUGAGUGGUUCCUCUGGGGUCGAGGAUGACAACAAAUUGCUGCAUGCGCUUUGGGUGCUUAGGCACGAGUUGCUGGGGCCCGAGUCAGAAACCGACGAUAGCGGCUUCUACAAUGGAAUGGCCGCAGGCCCGCCCCAGCCUUCCUCCCCCUUCACUAGGUUGGGGGCAUACAUGCUGGAAGGUCUCCGGGCUCGACUUUUAUCCUCCGGGAGCAUAAUCUACAAAAAGCUUAAAUGCAAGGAGCCGACCAGCUCCGAACUGAUGUCCUACAUGCACGUGAUCUACCAAAUCUGCCCUUACUACAAAUUCGCCUACAUCUCCUCCAACGCGAUUAUAAGUGAGGCCAUGGAGAACGAGAGAAGAAUCCACAUCAUCGACUUCCAGAUCGCCCAGGGCAGCCAGUGGGUCUCCUUGAUCCAGGCCCUCGCGCGUCGGCCCGGCGGGCCCCCGUUUGUUCGGAUCACCGGCGUGGAUGACUCUGAUUCGGCCCACGCCCGCGGAGGCGGUCUCGAGCUGGUUGGCCGGCGGCUGUCCCAGGUGGCAGAAUCGUGUGGGGUCCCAUUUGUGUUCCAUGGGUCGGCCAUGUCGGGCUGCGAGGUCCAGCUCGAGAACCUCAACGUCCAGCACGAAGAGGCCCUAGCUGUGAACUUCCCGUACGUGCUGCACCACAUGCCGGACGAGAGCGUGAGCACCACGAACCACCGGGACCGGCUGCUGAGGCUCGUGAAGGGGCUCUCGCCGAAAGUGGUGACGCUCGUGGAGCAGGAGUCCAACACCAACACGUCCACCUUCUUCCAGCGGUUCUGCGAGACGCUCGACUAUUACACAGCUAUGUUCGAGUCGAUUGAUGAUGCGGCACGCGCGCGGGACGACGGGACGAGGAUCAGCGCGGAGGAGCACUGCGUGGCGAAGGAUGUGGUCAACAUCAUAUCAUGCGAGGGGGUUGACCGAGUCGAGAGGCACGAGCUCUUUGGGAAAUGGAGGCUGAGGCUCGCAAUGGCGGGAUUCGCUCCGGUACAGCUCGGCCCGUCGAUCGGGCCUGCGAUUAGGGACAUGUUGAAGGAGUACAGCUCGAAUUAUGGUCUGGCGGAGGCCAACGGAGCACUGUAUCUCGGGUGGAAGAACCGGGCUUUGGCGACGUGUUCGGCGUGGAGAUAA